AUGCCACAUCAUUUAACAUCCUUUGUUGCUGCAGUAACUGGUUCUAUAAGUUCUGGGACUUGUUGUGGUUGUAUCCCUUUCACUUUUUCUCCUGCAGUUACUCCAACAAUGGCAUCUACUACAGCUCCUUUAUCAGCAGCCAUUCCAAAUACAGUAUUACCAGCAGCGGUUGCUACUCAAAAUGCUGUAUCAUCAACUCCCGUAUUAACAAGUGUCAUUUCUUUCUUUGCUCCACUUUUAAGUUUUUAUAAAAGUUAUCAAGAUUUUGAAGAAACCGAGGUAAAUAAUAAAGAAAAAGUAGACAAAAUGUGUCAAUGUAAUUUAAUAAAUUCAGAUGAACUAGAUUUAAAUUAUAAUAAAAAGGAACCAUCAAAUGUAAAUGAAAAUAAAUCCUUAGAAGAUAAUCAUAUAUCUAAUGAUAAUCAUACUAGCGAUAAUGAAUUUAAUAUUAAAGAUGAAUUAUUAUUAGAAGAACUCAGAUUAUUAGCUCAUGAAAAAUGUUCAUCAGAUAGCGACUUUUCAAUGACUUCUUUUUUGGAUGAUAAGGAAAUUGAACACUUUAAAAAUAUAAAUACACAUUAG